CUCGGAGAAGUUCGUGUUGAAGCCAUCUGAGGUAUUUGUGAAAAUGGAUGCAAUGAAGAAUAUGAUAGCGGAUCAUCCCUACAUCGUUUUCUAUCCUUCUACCCAUUCCGUUACGUCUUUCUAUCCAAAACCCAACACCCAUUUUGGGAAUUCCGAUAUUUUGAAGGUUUCAGGUGCAUGCACGCUUGUUUCCGAGCUUAUGGGUGGUAGCUCUUCUGAGCCUUCUGAGAGGCUUGAGAUGGAGGAAAUGAACGUUGUCGAUGAUGUAUCGGAAGAAGAUUUCGACUCGAAAUCGAAACUUGAUGAGGAGGUGUCCGAGGAAUCGGACGGUGAUGAGAGAUGCGUGAAUGAGAUCUUGUAUGAAGAGAGUGUGAAGACGAAGCUUGAGUUCUUGGCUGGGAUGGUUGGUGUUGACUCUAGUCAACCAGCUGAUGUGUUGACUGAAGUCGUUCGGGUUUUGAAAGAUUUGGAGCGAGAAAGGAGGAAGUUGUCGUAUGAAAUUUGUAAUUCAGGGGUAAAAAUGUAAAGAUAAAAAUCUACGGAUUUUCUUCCUCACUUGUGAGAAUUGAGAUUUGUACGUGCAUCUCUUGGAGUUUGGAUAUGCUUCAUUUCCACAAAUAUAGUGUUAUGGUUGUUUUUAUUUUAAAGAGUAAAUGUGAAAAUUGAUCAAUA